AGACAGAUAUAAUUACAGAAUAUAAAGAUCACACCCAAAUUAUAAAAUAGGAUAUAUAUAUAUAUAUAAGAAGAUCAUUAAAUCAAAGUGGGCAUCAAAACAAUAUUGUUCAUGUGUUUUUGUGUUUUUUGCUUUCUCUUUUUGUGAUAAUAAAUAAUAAUAAUAAGAAGAAGAAUGUGUGAUGUGAUGAGGCGAUGUGGGUUGCAAGGAAUAGGAAGUUGGAUUAACAAAAAAGUUGUUGAUCCUUUUGUUGAUAUCCUUACCAGGGGAGCAGAGCCUAAGCAGUUGGCAUUCUCUACAGCUCUUGGCAUUACUUUAGGAGUGUUCCCAAUUGUUGGUGUGACUUUUUUCCUUUGUGCACUGGCUAUAGCAAUACUUGGGAACUCUAUCAAUGCCCCAACUGUCAUGCUAGCGAAUUUUGUUGCUACUCCAAUAGAGCUGAGUUUGAUGAUAGUGUUCUUACGCUUCGGUGAGUUUCUUACCGGUGGAGACCAUUUUCCUUUAAGCGCUGAUGCUUUAAAGAAGAUGUUGACUGGCAAAGGUUCAAUAGAGAUCUUGCUAAGCAUUGCUCGUGCGUUAUUGGGAUGGUUGGUUAUGGCCCCUUUUAUCUUCGGCAUACUAUACAUUAUACUUGUACCGUGUUUCACCAUGUUGGUUCGCAAGUUCAAUCCAACAGUUUCGAGCCCAAGAUGGGAUGAUGCACCGUCUUACACUGAAGUGAUGCUUAAGGUAAGAGAUGUUUGAUGUAUAAUGUAUAAACAAAUAAACCUAAAUACUAUGUUUUUUCAUUUCUUCCUUUACAUGUAUAUUUGCCUCUUUAUUUGUUUGCUAAAGUGCAGCUCUGCAAUCUUUCUAGAGUUGUAGUUUUAUGCUAAUUAAUUUCAAAACAGAGUAGAAAAGUACACCCCAAGAAUAGUAAUACUAAGUUCGCGUGAUGAACAAAUGGAAACCCGUGUUAAGUCA